AUGACACUGACACUACCUCCUCCAAAAUCACCAUUCUUGAAGACCCUUUUCUUCCUCUUUACUUUCCUCCCUUGCUACCUUGCUCUCCCUGACCCUGAUGCUGCUGCUUCAGCAUCACUUCAGCCUAUCAUCGCAAACCCUUCUUCCACAGGCACAAUCCCUGCAUUCCCGGAACAAGCUGAGGUUGAAGGGUGCCCUCUCAACCUCUCAGAUGAGCACUAUGAAGGGAUAAAAAGUGCAUGUGGCUCCAACAAAGACGCUGCAGAUAAGGACCUCCACCGUAGCAGAUGCUGUCCAGUGCUUGCUGCGUGGCUCUAUUCUGCUUACUCAACCACCGCCCUUAGUGGUGGAAUGAAACAUGAACGUGCCUCACAAGGCCAUACCACAUCCUAUGACAUGCCCUUGUUGCCUGAUGAUUCAGAAACAUGUGUGAGUGACUUGGGGAAGGCCUUGAAGGUUAGAGGAAUCCAGCUUGUUCAGCCUAAUGAGACUUGUGAUGUGGUGUAUUGCUACUGUGGCAUUAGGCUGCACCCUUUGACCUGCACUGAGUCUUUUUCAGUUACUCCAAGUGGGAGUCUUGUGGUGGAUCAGAGUGUUAAAAGAUUGGAAAGGGAUUGCUUGAGUAGCAGCACCAAUGUCAAUAAAUUUCCCGGCCUAGGAGGAUGCUCCAAGUGCUUGCAUAGUCUCUAUUCACUUAGAAAGAAGUCUUCAAAUUCAAGCAAGUCAGAAGACAGGACCACCAAGAUCCAUAACAAGGACUGUGAACUGAUGGGCCUAACAUGGCUUCUGGCUAAGAAUCGUACAGCUUACAUUCACACAGUUUCUGGGGUUCUUCGAGCUUUGAUGUUGAGCACAGAAGGCUCUGACCCACAAUCAUGCACUCUAAACAGUGAUGGAAUGCCUCUUGCCGUUGAUUCCUCUGAAAUAUCAGAUCAAUCUUCAUCAACCUACCUCCAAGCACCAACUUUUCUCUCUCUGUUAUUACUAGGAAUGCAUUAUUUCACUGUAUUAUCCACCUAA